GGAGCCCAAACGUUUUUGUGGCACAACUACCAACACCUACACCUCCUCAUCGACCACAAGAGAGAAAAAUAAUUCUUUAUCUGCACUCUCCUGAUUUCAUUUUUUUUUAUUCUGCAAUCUUUAAAUCGUUUGCUUUUCCAGUAAAGAGGCCUUUAGGCAAAAAACAAAAAACAAAAAAAGAUGAUCUCUCUGUUCUCAUUGAUAUUGGUUUUCUUUGCAUUUGCUGAAGCAGAAGAUCAUGAAUCAAGGGUCACGGUCUAUGCCAACAGGGGCGACAACAUUACUCUGCCUUGUCACCUGGAAAGCAUGACCCCUAUAUUCGGAAGCAGAAUCAGGUGGAGCAAGGUUGAAGAUGACAGUUCAGAAGCUGAUGUACUUAUCGACUUGGGAAUCCACUCGAAGACCUAUGGAGAUUUCCUGGACCGUGUUUACCUGCUGAAGGCAGAUGAUAGUGAUGCAUCCUUGGUCAUCACUGAUUUAGAUGUGAAAGAUUACGGCACGUACAAAUGUGAGAUUGAGAACGGCUUGCAUGACAAAGUCAUUGAAGUUGACCUCAAAUUACAAGGGGUUGUUUUCCCAUACUCGCCUCGCCUGGGGCGUUACAAUCUCAACUUCAGUGAUGCCCAGGCUGUGUGUCUGGAGCAGGAUGCUGUUUUGGCCUCCUUUGAGCAGCUCUAUGAGGCAUGGAAAGGUGGUCUGGAUUGGUGCAAUGCUGGCUGGCUUAGUGAUGGAACUGUGCAGUAUCCAAUCACCAAACCCAGAGAGCCGUGCGGAGGAUCGAAGUUAAUAUCUGGACUGAUAAGCUAUGGCCGGCAGCACAAGUCCAAUAGUCGCUAUGAUGUGUUCUGCUUCACAGCCGGGCUUACAGGAAGAUUCUACUACCUGAUCCAGCCUCAGAAGUUGACCUAUGAUGAGGCUGUGGAGGCAUGCAAAAAAAAUGGAGCCGAGAUCGCAAAGGUGGGCCAUAUGUUUGCUGCCUGGAAGGUGCUGGGAUACGACCGUUGCGAUGCAGGUUGGCUGGCUGAUGGUAGCGUUCGUUACCCUAUCUCCAGGCCCCGGAAGAACUGCAGUCCCACGGAGGCUGCAGUUCGGUUUGUUGGUUUUCCUGACAAAAAGCAGAAGCUUUAUGGUGUUUACUGCUACAAACCUCAGCAGUGAACUUCUGCACUGCACAUCAAAGCUUAUGAAGGAAGUUUUGCAUGAAAUAGCCAUAACUGUGACACUUAUUAGGGAUGUAGUAACGACUAGUUUCAUACUGUAACAUUCUCUAUAGCCAUUUGCUUAUGUCUCAUUUACUUUUUAUAUACAGUCAAUUUAUACAUCAUACAUAUUAACAACGGAAUAACAAAAACUGCAUUUGUUAGAGACAGUCAACAAAAAUAAGUUACAGUCACAAUUUCAAUAAAAAAUGUGUUAAAUGAGUUUGUUAUAUUUUUUUGUGACUUUGCAAUAUUAUAUUUAAAUUUUACUAAACAGUAGACAAAAGUUGUUCAGACAUGCCCAAAAUUAAAAGCGGAUGCCAUUGUAAAUGGACCUGACAUUUUUUUUUCUUUCUUAAUCUAACUGUUUUUUUUUUUCUUUAUGAUAUCAAUAUAUUUUUAUUAUGUUUACGAUUCAUGUUGGCUAUACAUUAAAGGGGUAGUUCACCCAAAAAGGAGAAUUAUUUUAUCAUUUCAUCACCCUCAUUUCAGUACUAAACCUGUAUGAGUUUCUAUUUUUUUUUUCAAAAUAAGAUAUUUUGAUAAAUGAUGGUAAUCACACAGUUGACAGUUACCACUGGCUGACAUAUUAUUUGUUUUUCCUACUAUGGAGGUCAAUAGGGACUGUUCAUUUCUUAAAUACCUUCAGUUGUGUGAAAGUUUUGAAAACCAUGAGGGUAAGGAAAUGAUGACAGAAUUUUCCAUUUUGGGUAAACUAUCCAUUUAACCAAAUACAACCUUUUUGUAAAGUGUAACUAUGACCCUUAUUUUAUACUUAUCUGCUUCAUAUAGUUUAUAACCAGUGUUGGGGAAAGUUACUUUUAAAAGUAAUGCAUUACAAUAUUAAGUUACUCCCAAAAAAAGUAACUAAUUGCGUUACGUAGUUACUUUUCAUGUAAAGUAAUGCUUAUGUUAAUUUUUAGUUACUUUUGCGUUACUUUUUCUUGGCUGAGGCUUGAACUCUUUCAGGCCUUGCAGGUGUUUUUUAUGACUGAAAAGUUCUGCAUUCAGAAAUUGCAUAUUUUAUCACAAAAACGUCGAGCUCUGGCCUGCCAUCUUAGUUUCUGACUCAAACUGUUCCCACAGAGGCGUGAACGCAUAGAUUGCAUAAUGUCACUACGUUUAGUUUAAUUCAGUAUUUUUUUUUAUCGAAUUAAUUAAACUUAAAAAGUAACUCAAAUAUCAAUGUUUAAAAAGUAAAGCGUUACUUUACUCGUUUCUUCAGAAAAGUAAUAUUAUUACGUAAUGCACGUUACUUGUAAUGUGUUACCCCCAACACUGUUUAUAACUAUGUUUGAACUCAUACGAUUGUGUUUAAAUAUGUUCCUCCCUGACCAUUUCAUCACAGUCAGUGGCUGAAUUUGUCAAACUGCUAAUGAUUCAGUGGAAUAUACUGUUUGGUAGAGAACUGAUACACAUGAGAAUCUUUCAGAUUUUAAGACUAUCUUGAGCCUUGUAGUUGCUUAAGUGUAAAUUACUCCACAUACAAGACAAUUGCAUCUAAUGUCAGGCAUAGUGUGAUGGACUUAAAAGCAUAAAAUAGAUAUCUGUUUACCAAUUAGUGCAAAAUGUAUGUCUUGCCACAUUGUUUUGAUGUACAGUAGGUUAGGGGAGGAAAGACUGUCCACCUGUAACUGAACUGCAAAACCCACAGUGCACAUACCUGAGAUUUUGCAUGAAAUAUCUUUAUUUCCUAUUUAAAAUGCAGUGUACCAUUUCAAAAUCAACUGAAAAAUAAAAAACAAUAAAAAUUGAA